AUGACACCAAACCCGACUACAACUACUAAAACCACUAUUUCUGUUGAUGAUUCCUCAUCUUGGACUGAUAUUCCUUUUGCUAGACUUCAUGGAGAUAUCUCGAAAAAACUUAAUGGCAACAAUCUCGGUCCAACUGAUAUUCCUUUUGUUACUUCGGUCUCUGAUACCUCUUUGUUCAUUCGUCGUUCCGCUGAGAGUGUGAUAUUUCUUUUGGUAUAUGUUGAUGAUAUCAUUUUAACGGGGUCUUCUAUGGAGUGUAUUCAAUCUCUUAUGCAUACUCUUCAUAACGAAUUUUCUCUUAAGGAUCUAGGCUCGCUGUCAUACUUUCUUGGCAUAGAAUUCACACAGCUCUCUAAUGGAUUGUUUCUUUCGCAACGCCGCUACAUUGAGGAUCUUCUUGUUCGUGCCAAUAUGCAAGGAGCUAAACCAGUAACCACUGAUUUGCAUCCAGUUGAUAGUCCCUUGCUGUCUGAUGUUACUAUGUACAGGAGUUUGGUUGGUGGUCUUCAGUAUCUCUCUAUGACAAGACCGGAUAUUUCCUUUGCAGUUAAUAAGGUAUGUCAGUUUAUGCAUAAACCCGCGGAAGCUCAUUUGAUUUUCGUUAAACGUAUCCUUCGCUACUUGCAACAUACAUCUACCUUUGGUAUUUUUCUGCGUCCCGAACGAGAUUUGCAGCUUAGUUUCUCAGCAUAUAGUGAUGCUGAUUGGGCGGGUAACCAUCUUGAUCGUCGUUCUACAAGUGGAUAUUGUGUUUAUCUUGGUUCCAAUCUUAUUUCUUGGAGUUCUCGUAAACAGCGUACAGUUUCCUGA